AUGACCUCCAUCGCAUCGGGGCUUUUCAAGUCUCUCCCCAAACCGAAAUACACCGGCGAGGAGGAAGAAUUACCACAGCAUGCGCAACCUCGUGGUCCUCGCGUCGUGGGCGCCGACCAGCUCGACGAAACGCAGGUUGUCUUAAGGAGGACUGGCCCUCCACCCUACGGAAACCGUGCAGGAUGGCGACCGCGAGCUCCCGAAGAUUUUGGCGACGGCGGCGCGUUCCCCGAGAUUUUGGUCGCACAAUACCCCCUCGAUAUGGGCCGCAAGGGCACAUCCACCGAGUCAAAUGCGCUUGCAGUCCAGGUCGACGCUGAAGGAAAGGUUAAAUAUGAUGCUAUUGCGCGCCGCGGACACGGGGACAACCGCAUCGUCCAUGCAUCCUUCAAGGACUUGAUCCCUCUUCGGCAACGGGUGGACAUGGGAGAAGUCUCCUUGGACCGCCCUUCAGAGGAGGAAGUACAAGCACAAAUGGAAAAGACGAAGAAUUCGCUGGCGAACCUGGUGGAGGGUGCCGUGGCAGCACAAAAGCCGAAGAACGUCAGGGGUGGACAGAGGGCAGAGCCGACUUUUGUCCGAUACACACCAGCAAAUCAGAUGGGCGAUAACAACCGCAAAAAUGACCGUAUUAUGAAGAUCGUCGAGAAGCAGCAAGAUCCGAUGGAACCGCCCAAGUUCAAGCACAAGAAGAUUCCCCGCGGCCCGCCGUCUCCACCGCCCCCGAUCAUGCACUCGCCGCCGAGAAAGCUUACCGCAGAAGAUCAAGAGGCUUGGAGGAUCCCCCCGCCGGUGUCAAACUGGAAGAACCCGAAGGGUUACACAGUGCCCCUCGACAAGCGUCUGGCCGCGGAUGGCCGAGGGCUGCAAGAUGUGUCGAUCAACGACAAAUUUGCCCAGUUUGCUGAAGCACUCUUUACGGCCGACCGCCAUGCCCGAGAUGAGGUGCAGCACCGUGCUCAAAUGCAACAGAAACUGGCCGAGAAAGAAAAAGCACAGAAGGAGGAGCACCUACGACAGUUGGCGCAAAAGGCGCGCGAGGAACGCUCCCGUCCCAGUCGCGACGAAUCACGGGCACGGUCUCGCUCUCGUAGCGCCAGCCGCAGUGCAUCUCCAUACUCUUCGAGAUCCGCCAGCCCUAGCGAGGACGAGGCCGCCCGAGACCGCGCGGAGCAGCGCCGUGAACGAAUGCAAGAAAAUCAAAGGCAGAUGCGCCAGUCGCGCAUGGGCACGGAACGCCGCAUCCAAGCCAUGGCGCGUGAGCAGAACCGUGAUAUCUCCGAGAAGGUGGCGCUGGGACUCGCCAAACCGACUCAGAGUUCCGAGUCUAUGUGGGACUCGCGCCUGUUCAAUCAAACUAGCGGCAUGCAUGCUGGUUUCAACGAAGACAACCCCUAUGACAAGCCGUUGUUCGCCGCACACGAUGCCAUCAACAGCAUUUACCGUCCUCGUGCGCAGGCGGAUGAUGAUGAUGGCGACGCGGGCGAAGGUGAGAUGAACAAGAUUGAAAAGACCAACCGGUUUGAAGUCCUGGGACGGGCCAAGGAGGGCUUCCGAGGUGCCGCCGAUGCGGAGGAACGCCAGGGCCCUGUUCAGUUCGAAAAGGACACCGCCGAUCCGUUCGGCAUCGACAGCAUGAUUGCCGAUGUGACUUCCGGUCAAAAGCGCUACGGAAUCCAGGAAGCCGAAGGGGACGACCGAGGGUCCAAGCGUGCUCGGGUCGACGACGAUUAA